AUGAAAUACAGCUUCACCUUCCUCGGCCUUGCGGCCCUGGCUUCUGCCCACGAUUUUACCUCCAUCUACAACGUGACUGCCACCCCAUACGAAGUCGUCAACUCCGCAGGCGAGUCUACUCCAGGUCCAUAUGGCGCCAAGGGUCAAUACAACUAUGCCAUUGACUCGAAGACCGACACUAUCUGCUACGACAUCACACUUGAAGGCGUUGUUGGAGAGUACCGAUCCCCAGCCAAAACCGCAACCCACAUUCACGAGGGUGCCAAAGGAAAGGCAGGACCUCCUCGCAUUGCCCUUCCAAACCCCGUCGGUGAUGACAAAUAUCGCCACAUCUCCGGCUGCUUGACUGGUCCUUUCACCACUGGCAUCCUUGGUCCUGACAAUGUCACCGAUACUGGCUGUGGCUUCAAGCUCUCUCAAAUUGAGGCUAACCCAGCCGGUUUCUUCACUGAUUCCCACACUGUCCUUUAUCCUGCUGGUGUUGUCCGUGGUCAGCUCGACUACAAGUACGAAAUCAUCAAGCCAAAGCACGACGGUUAUCCUCAUGACCCCGAAUAUCCUGUUUCCACCAAGAAGGAGGACGGCCAUCCCACUAAGAAGCCAGAGCCCACUAAGUACCCUGAGGACUGCACGACCAAGAAGGAUGACGGCCAUGAUUAUACCAAGAAGCCAGAGCACACGAAGUACCCCGAGUACCCAGAGUACCCAACAACGAAGAAGGAUGAUGGCCAUGUGACCAAGAAGCCAGAGCCAACAAAGUACCCUGAGCACCCAGAGUACCCAACUACCAAGAAGGAUGAUGGCCACGAAUACACCACUGCUACCUACACCAAGACCUAUGAAAUCACUGUCUCCAAGUGCAAGGAGGAGGUGACCGACUGCCCAUACAAGACCAAGCCAGUCGUUACCAAGACUUAUGAGGUCUACACUACCGUCUGCCCCAAGUCCGAGGUCUCAAAACACUACCCACAAAAGACUGACAAGCACGACUAUUACACAAAGCCAGUGUAUGAGACGAAGACCUACUACGAGACGGUUACGAAGGACCACAACAAGUAUGAGACCAAGACCAUCAAGUCCGAGUACCCAAAGCACACCACCCAGACCAAGUACGAGACCGUCACGAUCACCAAGCCUGGAUACUCGACGCCAACCUACGAGACCAAGACCAUCAAGACUGAGUAUCCCGUCUACGAGACAGUCAGCUACCCAGUCCACGAGACCAAGAUCAACGAGGGCGUCCCCUCCAAGCCAGUUGAGACAUACCCAGUCCACGCCACAACCACCUACGCCGGCCCCAUCGCUUCCGGAACCGGCUACCCCAAGGCAACCCCCACCUACGAGUUCACCGGCGCAGCUGGCUCCAACAAGGUCGGGGGUCUCCUCGUUGUCGCUGGUCUCGCCGCUGCUCUCUUGUAG